AUGUUAAACCACGGCCACAUUCUCCUCUGCUCUGGUGGGAAGAGGCCCCUGUGGCACAACAGGUUUAAAAUGCUCCUAAAUAAGCUCCCUUCUCCUGUAGCCUCUCGUGGUGGAGGAUGCGGCCCCCUUUCUGUUACUCCUGCAAUUUCAAUGGAGCUCGGGGUGACCAAUGGCAGUGGAUGCUUAUGUCAGCCAACCUUCACGUCACGCCUCCCGGCUCCCCACUAUGAGGGCCUCUCCAGACAGGAGCCCCCGCCUCUGCCCAGGCAGGAUCAUAGACGUGCCUGUGUUGUCCUGAAGGCUGUGCCUCAGUCCCCGGCCUGGUGCCCUCAGGAGCUGGGCAGCGCAAGCUUGGCUGGUGUCACGUUACCAGCUCCUAGGAGACGCCAGUCGUUGCGCCUGUCUGAGGGCCACCAUACAGGCCCAGGAAGGGGAAAGGAGCCAAGGAGGAGCAAUUACCCAGGGCCCCCAGAUGUUGACGGUAGGGGACUCACACGCAGGACCAAAGGCAGAGGCAUCGCUGGUGGGCGGGGCCGGAAGUUCAGGCGGCGUGGGACAGGGCCAGGCCAGAGUGAUAGGAAGACAGCUGGUACGUUAAAGAGCGGAGAAUCAUGGAGGAAGGAAGUGGCCGAGGUGGGGAACGUCCAAGGGCGAGAAGGCUGUGAGGAAGGUGUGGGGGGUCUGAGGCUGGGGGAGUGGCGAGGGCUGUGCGGCGUCUGCGCCUGCGCGCUCUUUGGUGCGCGCUCCAUUUUGGUCCAUUACCCUGAGAGCGGCAGCGUUAGUGAAAUGGAGGUCCUCGGGGCGAUUCCGGAGAAACUGAGCCGCAGAAAGUACAGGGCUGCCUUGAAGAAGGAGAAACGAAGGAGACGUCGGCAGGAACUCGCCCGAUUGAGGGACUCAGGACUCUCACAGAAGGAAGAGGAGGAGGAUGAUACUUUUAUUGAACAACUAGAAGAAGAGAAGCCGUUGGAGACGGAGAGGCAAAAAUUGCAUGAGGCGUGGUUGCUUCAGGAGCAGAAGGCACAAGAAGAAUUCAGAAGAAAGAAAGAAAUGGAAGACACAGCUAGAAAGCGGCAGGAAGAACAAGAGAGAAAGUUAAAGGAAAAAUGGGAAGAAAAGCAGAGAAAAGAGGAGGAGCAGAAGCUACAGGAGAAGGGAAGACAGGAAGCUGUGCAGAAGAUGUUGGAGCAGGCUGAAAAUGAGGUGGAAAAUGGUACCACAUGGCAAAACCCGGAACCACCCACGGACUUCAUAGUGGAGAGAAAUCGAGCCAAUUGUCCAUUCUACAAUAAAACUGGAGCUUGUAGAUUUGGAGAUAGGUGUUCACGUAAACACAAUUUCCCAGCCUCGAGUCCCACACUUCUUAUUAAAAGCAUGUUUACAACGUUUGGGAUGGAGCAGUGCAGGAGGGACGACUAUGACCCCGAGGCGAGCCUGGAGUACAGUGAAGAGGAAACCUACCAGCAGUUCCGGGACUUCUAUGCUGAUGUGCUCCCCGAGUUCAGGAAAGUGGGGAAGGUGAUCCAGUUCAAGGUCAGCUGCAACUUGGAACCUCACCUGAGGGGCAAUGUGUAUGUUCAAUAUCAGUUGGAAGAAGAGUGCCAAGCAGCCUUUUCUGUGUUUAAUGGACGAUGGUAUGCAGGAAGGCAGCUUCAGUGCGAAUUCUGCCCAGUGACCCGAUGGAAAAUGGCGAUUUGCGCUUUAUUUGAAAUACAACAGUGUCCAAGAGGAAAACACUGCAACUUUCUUCAUGUGUUCAGAAACCCCAACAAUGAAUUCUGGGAGGCUAAUAGAGACAUCUACCUGUCUCCAGAUCGGACGGCCUCCUCCUUUGGGAAGAACUCAGAAAAGAGAGAGAGGCCAGGCCGCCGCGAUGAAUACUCCAGCAGGCCAAGGCGGAGGAGGAGCCCCAGUACAGCCCAUUGCUACCUAAGAAACGGGGAAUUGGAGAGGAAAAGGAGGAGGAAUCACAGGACGGCGAAAUCCCACAAACACACGUCACAGAGUCAUGGAAGGCACAGGUCCCAAAGUAGAGGAAGGAAAAGGGACGGCAGCCAGGGUUACGGCCGCCAGAGCCAGAGCUCCUCCAGGUCCAGGAGUCAUGGUGGGAGGGGGACAGGUAGUAGGGACAGAACCGUUCAUAGUCCCAAAUCCAAAAUAAACCUGUUUUGUUCUUAA